CUUUUGAUUUUCCAACUGCAGAUCUUCCGUUCACCAUUGCCUUUGUUUUUGCAACUGCCCCAUCAAGAUCAUUGAGGCAGGGAUUCUACCGUCUUCUGCUGUCCUGAGCUCUUUAAGAAUAAACUCUGCUGGUAACAAACCAGAAGUCUCGCCUCGAUCAUCAACCAUAGGCGAACCAGCGAACAUUUCUGCGAAAGCUUCACUCCUGCCUGUUCUUGUUCCUUGAUCGGAUUAUAUCGCUUGAUAUCACGUAGCGCUCGCUAUUCAGACUGAAAGAAUUGACAAUUGGCGAUUUCCUACAAACGUUGCCUCCAUUUGACCUCCACCGCCCGAUUCUGAUCUCGCAAGUUCCUGUUCCCCUUCUUUCUAAUACUACUGCAGCGUUGCAGGAAGGCUCCUCUCUUACACCCUCGCCUUUCUACGGUACUGAUUCUAACAUAGCUGCAUGUAGAUAAUAUGUUAUUUGGUAGUUGAUACAAGGCUGUUCUCUGCCCUAAAAGCCCUUACUGAUAUACCCCCUACCUUUCCGACCUUCUGCACGUAGAUCUUGUAUAGUUGUGAGUUAGGCUCUCUCACGUUCCCGCUUCCACUUCCUAUCGCUUUUCCUGUCCCCUUUUCUGAUUCGUCGUCGUCAUGUCAUUCGCACUUUCCCCGGAUUCUCCGGAUCGUAAGAGGUCGCUAGAAGCGGAGACGUCAUCCGAUGAAGACGAAACUCGAGGGGGUCGGUUCAAGCGCCAGGCUCUGAAUGCCGACGCCGUAGAUCGGGCGCCGAGGUAUGCAGUCAUCAAAGAUGAAGACUCGGCAAAGUCACUGCCACAUGAGGAGGGCGGCGAAAAAUCUCCCCCGGCAGCGUCGGAUAGUAUGAGGGAAGAACAUACAGCAGUUGAAGGCGACUCCUCCAUGGAAAGUAAGCUGGUGUGCAUGCGUGCAUUGAUAUCGACAAAGGAGGCUGGGGUGGUGAUUGGCAAACAGGGACGAAAUGUCGCAGAUAUCAGACAAAACUCCGGGGCCAAAGUCACAAUAUCGGAACUGAUACAUGGUGCACAGGACCGUAUACUCAGCGUUACCGGGCCGCUUGAUCAGGUGGCCAAAGCCUUCUCGCUGGUUGCCGAGAAAAUGGUAUCAGAGUUGCAAGCGGGCAGUGAGAUAUCUGUCGGGGAGCGACAAACGAAUUUGCGAAUUUUAGUUCCACACACGAAAAUGGGCUGGCUUAUUGGCAAGCAGGGAUGCAGAAUAAAGGAAAUCCAAGGAUACUCCAAUGCUCGCGUAACGGCACACGAGGGCGUCCUACCCGGUAGCACGGAGCGAAUCAUUCAAAUUCUCGGUGUCAUGGACGCCAUUCACAUUGCAAUAUAUCACAUCGCAUCUACACUACAGGAGUAUCCUCAACGCGACAAUUUUGGCUUUGUUCCGUACAGACCCCUACCGAUGCAGAUGCCGCUGCCUCUUGGUGGAAUACCUGGUGCCCCGCCCUACGCCAUACCCGGACCACACGCGUUUUUCCCACCCAUUCCACCCGGCGCUAUGCUACCUAUGCCUCACCACCGCGGUGCCCCCGCACCCCAUCUUCCCGUUCAGAUGCAACAGAUUUUCAUUCCAAAUGACAUGGUCGGUGCUAUUAUCGGUAAGCAGGGUAGCAAGAUCAACGAGAUACGACAUCUCAGCGGAAGCCAGAUCAAAAUCAUGGAACCCCAGAUGGGAAGUAGCGAACGAUUAGUUACAAUAACCGGAAAUCCAGAACAAAAUCAAAUGGCUCUUUACUUAUUGUAUUCCCGUCUGGAAAGCGAGAAGGCAAGGAUGCAGGGACAUGUACGAUAGUCACUUGAUAUUCGGAGUUGAGAUGACGGACAGUUAGACAGGCUCUCUGUUGCAAGGCUUGCUAGAUUUAUAUGUACAGUCAUCCUUGACAACACGGUCAAGGGUUUUUGGAGGAGGUGUCCCAACAAUAUGAGAUAUUUGCAGGACAAAAUGAAUAAAUAUGCAGGAGUGUGCAACAAUAGUUGCUCAGCCCUCCUGUCCAUCUGCUUCCUCGUC